AUGGAUAUUUUAAUAAAAAUUCUAUUUUUCUUUAUAUUAAUAAUAAAAAAUGACACAAUAAAUCUUGAAUCUAAAUAUGAUUGUUGGGGAUAUGAAGAAAAUUGUCAAUUUAAUUCAAGUUUUUCAUUUAAUAAAAUAAAAUGUAAAAAAAAUAUUUUGAAUGAAGAUAAAAAUUUGUUUUUUAAACAAGGUGAUUUUGGAUAUAUAAUACCUCAUAUAUCAUCUUUAAAAACAAUAUGUGAUUCCGGAAAUCAAUAUGAUGGUUCAUUUUUACAAUGCUCUGAUCAUUUACGUUAUUGUACAGGAAAAAAUAUUUUUUUUGAUUUGAAAAGUCUUGAUUUAAAAACUACCAAAAGAUAUAAAGAGGAUAUUAUUCAUAAUGGAGAAGUUGGUGGUAAUUGUAAAAGGAAAUUUGAUAGAAAUUUGUUAAAAAAAAGAUGUGAUCAAAAAGGUUACCUACAAAGUUGGGGACAUGAAUUAGAGCAUUUUGAAAAUUAUAAUAAUUUUGAAAUAAAUAAUGAUAAUUGUGAUGUUAUAUUUGAAAAACCAACAAUAAUUAUAAAAUUAGAUGCAUCUGUUAAUAUGUAUCAUCAUUUUUGUGAUUUUUUGAAUCUUUAUGCAUCACAACAUAUAAAUAAAACUUUUAAUUUAGAUGUUGAAAUUUUAUGGUGGGAUACAUCUGUACAGGGAUAUGUUGAUGAAAUAUUUGGUGAUGUGUGGAAAAGUUUUUCUUAUCAUAAACCAAAAGAAUUGAUAAAUUAUAGAGGUAAAAAAUUAUGUUUUAAAAAUGUUUUAUUUCCAUUAUUGGCAAGACAAUUAAUGGGAUUAUUUUAUAAUACACCAAUUAUUAAUGGUUGUUCUGGAACAGGAUUAUUUAAUUCAUUUAAUCAAUAUCUUAUUGAAAGAUUAAAUAUAUCACAAUAUGGUCCAAAAUUAAAUAAAUUAAGAGUAACAUUUCUUUCAAGAUCAACAAAUUAUAGAAAAAUAUUAAAUGUUGAUAAGGUAAGUUAA